AUGCCGUUCUUCCAACCCCGAGUGACGCUGAGCCUAUUGAAUUUCAAACUCACAGGCCAGACAGUUAUUGUCACCGGACCAACAGCGGGACUCACUCGGCUUCGAAACCUGCCGCUAGCUUAUAGGCCUUGGAUGCCAUACCAUUAUUCUCGCUUGCCGGCUUUCGAACCCGGUCAGCUCCUCUCGGAGUAUGCUACUCGAGCAACCAAGCAAGAUCCCCCGUCAGUAGAGGUAAUCAAGCUCGACCUAGGCAGCUUCGACAGUGUUUUAUCACUUGCAGCCCAGGUGAAGAGCGACAUCCUGGUUGUGGAUAUCCUGAUAUUAAAUGCAGGAACAAACUAUCUUUCCAAUGUGCUACUUGUACUGGAACUCCUCCCCUAUUUGCAGCAGUCAUCACAGGGCCACCAGCCCGCCAGAAUCACCUGGCUCAGUAGCCGAUCUGCGUGCGACUCCAACUUCGUUCGCAAGAUUCCUCCGGGCUCAGACAUUUUCAGGUAUCUGGAUAAUCCUACGAAGUACAGCACCAAAGAUCGAUACGCGGAUACCAAGCUACUCUGUCUGGCAUUUCUAUAUUCGUUCACGGAGCAUCUAGGCUCGCAGACACCUCCAUGGAAUGAUGGGGAUGAUGAUAAUGCUGCUACUGUGGGCGCGGGCUUUGAACGACCAGCGGCAGCCGGGGACACAGCCAUCGUCUUUGUGAAUAUGGUCUGUAUGGGAUUGAUCAAUACAGACCUUACCUACAAGUAUAUCCCGCUCUGGGUCAAGAUCGCUGGUAUAGUCAAGUAG